GUUUUCCAAGAUGGCAGCGUGCACGAACGUUGUCUCAAGGAUGUAAAAGAUUGCACAUUCAUUACCAUAAGUAAAAUGGACUUGGAUUUGGAGCAACUCCAUCAUCGAAGUGUUCAUCACCAGAUAUCCACGGAGACAGAAUCCGAUGUUUCAGAGAGUGAAGAUGAAGAUGACAGGAGGCAGGUUGUGGAUACUUCUUCCGAAGAGGAAGAGAAGCUGGUGGACCCAGGACCUUUCCGAUAUCACAAACGGAUCUGUGCUGCUGCCCUUCCCUGCUUCCUCAUUGUCAUCGGAUUUGUUGGGGAAUUCAUGCUGACUAUGAUGACGGUCGGGACCGUCCUGCUGAUUCUGCUGGAUCGGAUGGGAGAGAGGAGGAGGUCUGUCAUCAUCUACACACUGUUCUUCAUUCCGUGUCACAUCCUGGUGUUUGUGUCUGUUCUUCCACUGAUAUGGUUAUCCCUGUGGAACGUGUUCCUGAUUGGUGCUAUCAAUGCUUAUGUCAUACUGACGGGAGGCUGGAUCAUUCUUCUGUUUCCUGCCUUCCGGACUGAAGAACCAGUUCUAGCACAGGUAGGGAAACGGUCUGUCAUCAUCUACACACUGUUCUUCAUUCCGUGUCACAUCCUGGUGUUUGUGUCUGUUCUUCCACUGAUAUGGUUAUCCCUGUGGAACGUGUUCCUGAUUGGUGCUAUCAAUGCUUAUGUCAUACUGACGGGAGGCUGGAUCAUUCUUCUGUUUCCUGCCUUCCGGACUGAAGAACCAGUUCUAGCACAGAUGAUAGAGCAGCUGUUGUUCUCUGCAUACCCAGCUGUAUGCAGUGUCCUUGUCACGUGGACCCUCACCACCAUCACACCCACCUCCAUGGCUCCACUCAUCGUCAUGGCAACCUCGUUUGUGUUCAUCAAACCAAGUGUUCCUGACAAUCAUCCAGCUGUGUCUUCCUUCAUCAUGGUUUCUUUGUCACUGAAGGCGACACCAGCUGUGUCUUCCUUCCGACUGAAGGCGACAGCGGAGGAGGACCUCAACGUCCUCCAGCAGCCCAUUGUGUUGGUCAUGGCCCUGUCUUUUUGCUUUCUGCCCUCCAUGCUUCAUGUCAUCCUCUGUAUAACUUCAUCAUCCACCGACAGCAUCUUGAGCCAGAGGUCUUUGCUGGAGCUAGGGCUGGUGGUGUCCCUGAGUCUGUUCCUGGCCACCCUACUGAGUGUCCGGCAGCUGUUUGAGUACGCAGGUUACCCGUAUACCAUCGUGACGCGGGGCCGGUGGGUGUGUGGGAUGCUGGCCACGGUGCUGUGUUACCCAGUGCUGCAGCAGUAUCAACUCUCGUCCCACUUCCUGCCAUGGCUGCCCAUCGCCAUCGUCACAUUCGCUGUGUUAGGUUUCCUUCUGGGAAUCAAGAAAUACUGGGUGAAUCCCGGCUGUGGUGCUGUUGGCCUGUCUGGCUGCCCUGCUGGGCUUCUGGAUGGCUGUGUUACCAUGGCAUCUCACCUUCUAUCUGCUGCACAGUGUUCACCUCAACUCUUCUACGUCGUCCUAUCUGGCAACUUCGCUGUGUGCCUUCUGUGUAUGUACAUUGGUUCCCAUGGCAACAAGGAGUUGUUCGGCUUCCUGCUGUGUCUUCAGUCAGUGUUGCUGACGGUGUGUGAGACCGCCCUCCAUGAUGCUGGCCUGUACAGCGUCUCCCUGUGCGUGAUGACUACUGUGUUGGCCACCUACAUGCUACAGAGACUUCAUCAUUCAGACAAGGUUUGGCUGGGCUCGGUGCUGUUCUCGUCAUCUGUCCACAUCACCAAGGGGGUGUCAUGUCUGCUGACAGAGCUCGUUCUGAAGGACAAACUGGGCCUGUUGAACCAUGCCGGCCUCUUCCUGCUCACAUACGCCAUCUUACAAAGUUUCGUGUAUGAACCCCGAGAAGCAGUUCCGCUAAAUGAGGCCGCCAGGAACCUGGUCUUCCUGUUGGUGUCGCUUGCCUUGAACACGUUCCCGGUCCUCACAGUCCUGUGCUACAACCUGUGGCAAGACAUUCCUACCUACACAGACCUCAUAGGUAUGUGGGCACUGGUGGGCGGGUUGCUGGUGCUGCUGUUUGCCCAGGUGCACAGCGAGGUGGUGUCUGAGAUCCACCUGACCGGCCUCCUGAUGUCCAUGGUGGGCGGUGUCAUACUGGCACUUCAGCCACAGUUCCAGCUGUCCAUGUUGCCUGUCAAGGAGAUCCUCCUUGUUGUAAUGGUGAUCCUCACAACCAGCUGUGGGGUGACAGUUCCACUGGCCUCAGGACUCCUGAGAAUUGUUCCCAGUGUCAGGACUGUGUUCAUGCUGUAUGGCGACUUUCCGUCUGCCGUCCACAUCCCUCUGUACCUGGUCCAGUCUGCCGCCAUCAUCACAGUGCUCAUCCUCUACAGCAAGGCAGAUACUAUUCACCAGCAGACAGAUAACAUUGUCAUGGGCAGUUGUAUUCUGUCUGCUGUCUCAAUGGCGAUAGUGUUUGGCCUUGACCUUGCUGUCUUACAAACCAAGGUCACAACCUCUUCACUUCCUGUGUUGAAAGGCAUGAUGGGUACAACAGUGUGUCUCAGUAUUCUCAUGAAGCUGCUGGCUGCCAAGCAGGGUCCUGAUUUCAUCCCCGUGGCAUCGCACACAAAGGAUACCAAAGAAAAGCCACGACUGCCCCUUGUGAGCAACAUUGUCACUAUCGCCGCUUUCCCUCUGCUGUGUCUGCAGGGGCCCACUGAAGGUUUUCUUCAUGAUAUGUGGUGCUGUGGCGCCUCGCUUAUAUUCUUCUGUCUACAUCGAGACUUCCAGUUCCUCAUCAGUCUGAGAGACCACAACCACAGGACACCCACAAUCCUCUCCUCUAUAGCAGUUCUGGUUCUCGCCUCCGUCUACAGAAGCAGUUUGUGGCAGGGUGAUGUAGUCAACAUCUUGUGGGGAUGCUCGGAAAUCAUCUUCCUAAUCGGCACAUUCCCAGUGUAUAUAGUGUUGUGGGGAGUUCUCUGGAAGAAUGAAAUCAUCUCGGAGAAUAUGGUUGUUUUUACAAUGCCAUUGAAUGGCUUCAUGUAUUUAGUUGGGACUACUUAUUCCAUCUGGGCAGUGGCUACGUAUGGCCUGCUGGCGGGGACGUGGAUGAUGGUGUACAAGCUUCCUAUGGUUCCAUAUGCGAUGCAGUACCAACCGAGCUGACCCAGAACAGGUGCUGAGUGACAUUGUUUCAUUACAUAUCUUUUUAAAAUGUUGCCUUUUGUAGUUCUUUAAUACAUUUGUAUAUUUUCACACACUCACACCUUGAACUGUUGUGCUUACUGUGUGUGUGAAAGGGUAAGGCAGUGGACCACGUCAGAGCUUGGACAUGUUUGUGGGUCGUCUUCAAGGUUGCUUCAGCCGCAUCAUCAGAAAGCUGUCCUCUGCCAAUCCGUCCAUUGUAGGUCUAUUGAGAUGUAUCCACUUUCUGUGAGUCUGUUAAUUAAGAUAAGAUUUUGGAGAAAUCGGCUCUGAUUGAGCACAUUAUUGUUUAAAUCAUUUUUGUUCAUUAAUUCAUGGUCAAAGUGAAUGUCUUUUGUGAAGUGCACAUUAAGUGUAAUGUACUAAGUAAGCUCAGUGCAUGUUUUGAUAUUUUAGCAUGCUACGAUCUUGUCGCCUCUUUAAUCUAGUCGUAUUACUUUAUCAACAUCUGUUGACACUGAAGAAUGUCAUAACUGCAUCAGUGUCCAGCUUGAAGUUUAUGCUAUUACAAUUAUUAUUUGUCUCAUUCAUUUAUGUUCAGAGUGAAAUAUAUUUUGCUCAGUCCUAAUUAAAAUGAUGUAUACUCAAUAAAAAAAAUAGACAGUAAAAAUAAUGAAAAGAGCCAUAAUAAAUGAUUAGCAUCCAGAGGAUUCAUCUGACUCCACAUUCCACAGCAAGAUAUAUUUUCAUCUCAUAGUGGGACAAGUUAGGACUUUACCUUGUUGGUGAUAUAUCAAACAGAACAUGUUGAGUUGGGAAUGACUUAGUCUGUCACAGGAAGGUAGAGAGUUUUAUGGAUGUAAGCUACUAUGAGGGACACAUCACAGGAAGGUUGUGUUGGUGUGGUGAGUGGACAAUGAAACACGCUCCUCCCCGGGGAAGUUGGUCUGAUCAUGGAGACUGACCUGUCGACUGUCUGUAGCCAGUCUCCAUCACAAUAUGUUAUUUGUUGAAAGCCUAAUGUGUUAUGGAUGUUAAAGUGUUGACAGUUGACCUGUUAUAUCUAUAGAGAGCCAACAGUUAGGAAUGUGCCAUAAUAUUGAAAAAGUCUUCUUUCCAAGGUAUAGUGCUCUGUAGCUAAUAGGGUAAGACUUCUGCCCAUAUCCCCCCUAAAUUUUAACAAUGAAGAAAAAUUUCUUUGAGUGGCAUUUUUAGAAGUUGGAUAUAUCUUUCAGUAUGUUAAGAUACAAUUAAAGAAACAUGUUAAAACUCAUUGCUAUCAGAUGAGGAAUAUAUAUUCUGGUGAUAUGAUUUGACUAGAAUGAAAUUUAAGGGGGGAUACGGGUGGGCGAGUCUUUCUGCUCAUAGAUCAGAGAGGUCAUACAAGGGUGAUAGGAUCAGAAGCGUCACAUAAAUCAGACUUUCAUAAAUCAACUUUCUCUCUGCCUGUACUUUGUUACAUUAUGGUUUGUGCAGAAAUGUCUGAACAAUGAGCAAAAUAUUUUUUCACUAUGACUACCAUGUUUCAAAUCUGAUCAAAUUUAAGCUUUUUAUUCUGAGAGAUGAUAUUUAAAAGACCUGGCCUGGGUUUUAUUCCAUUUACAGUGUAAACCAUUCUUGUUGUCCUCCAGCUGCGGCUGCAAGUACUGGGUUUGAUUCCCCAUUUGGGAUGCAUGUGUAAACCCAUCCUUCUCUCCCUACAACUGGAGUAUUGCUACAAGCAGAAAAACCCCAAACAUUUUCAUUCCUUCACCAACAAUGUUGACAGCAUUUUAGGUGUUGCCACCAGAUCUCACUAAUCAAAGAUGGCUGCCAUGGCACACAUUGUUAUAAAUACCAUUUACUUUUUCACCAUAAUCUUUGUAAUUCUAUCAGUCAUUUCUACAUAGUCACUCACUUCUGCAUGAAGAUUAGUAAUCCCCUACACCAGGAGGGGAAUAACAUUCAUAAUUACCCUGAGGUUGGAGAAGUCCCUGUUAUAUAUCAUCUGUGAUCAUCCAGACUGACAUCGCGGAGUCUUGUCCUGCAGCCCAUGUCAGUUAAUACCAAUGUCUUACAAAAUAAAACUCACUCUCUCA